UUGUCAUAAGUUGUCACUGUCACUAACGCUUAUUGGAUUUUCAGAUUCAUCGUUGGUUAUUUUGCCGGUGAAUUAAGUAAUAAUUGUUGAUAAGAAGAAUUAAAUACAUUUUAAAACAAUGGCGGUAAACAGUGCCACGUCUUUCGUUUUAUCCAGCAUCCUCACAUUGUUGAUAUUUUCUGGGAUGCAAAUGUAUAAACCACUUCUAGUACGGUCGCCGAUCACAAUCAUAUUUGGAGGUUAUCUUGGUUCACUGAUGUUCUUAUUUUUUGUAACAGCAGUAGGAAACUUAGAAGCAACAUUAUUUGGUAAAAACUUUCAAUUAAAACUGCCAGAAAUUGUUCUGUCCAUGGCAAUAUCACUCAUUGCUGCGGGAAUGGUGCAUCGGAUUUGUUUCACAACUUGUUUGAUAUUUUCUCUCAUGACAAUCUACUACAUGAACAAGCUGUCACAGAAAGCAUAUGCAACGGUAGCCCCAGUCGCCGCCCCCGCCAAAUCACGUAGACAUAAAUGAGAUGUUUAAUAUUAUUAUAUUUUUAAUUUUUAUACUGAUAGAAUAAAAUCACAUUUCCAGACUA